GUGUAUUACACUCAGACAGGCGCCCAUUUCAUGUACUAAUCCUCUCUCUCUCUCUCACACACACACAAACCAGCUCGCCGGCGAAUAAACUUCACCGGCGGGAGGCUUUCCGAUAUCAAUUUCCCCGCUCCUGCAUCCAAUCGCUCCAGUCGCUCCAAUUUCAAUUCGCAUGUCGGCUCCUCCACCUCUCUCACUACUCCCACACUAGACUCAAAAAUGUCGGUGUUCGAUGCGGCGUUUCUGAACACGCAGCUGUCGAAGAGGACCUCGAUCUUCGGCCUGCACCUCUGGGUCGUUAUAGGGAUAGUCCUCGGAGCCGUCAUUGUGCUCAUCCUCUUCCUCUUAUCUCUCUGCAUCACCGCCUCCCGCCGCCGCAGCAUCACCACCAAGGGCAAGAUCACCGCCGCCGCCGAGAUUACUCCCGUCGUCUCCAAGGAAAUUAAGGAGAUCGUCUCCGCCGCCGCCGAUCACCGCCCAAUUGGGCCUCAGGCUGUUCCGGAGAUACAGAUAGAUAUGGGGAAAGUGGAGCACAGGGUGGUGUUUUCUGAUAGGGGAGCGUCGAGUGGCGAGAGCAGGGCCACGAGUGGGGCCGACACGUGGUCGUUUGGUGGAGGUGGUAGUGGGUCGUUGCCGGAGGUGUCUCAUUUGGGAUGGGGAAGGUGGUAUACUCUGAGGGAACUCGAGGCAGCCUCGAAUGGAUUGGCAGAUGAGAAUGUGAUCGGGGAAGGUGGAUAUGGUAUUGUGUAUUACGGUGUAUUGGCUGAUAAUACGAAGAUUGCUAUAAAGAACUUGCUCAAUAACAAGGGACAGGCCGAAAAAGAGUUCAAGGUAGAAGUUGAUGCAAUAGGGCGAGUCCGACACAAGAAUCUUGUUAGGCUGUAUGGCUACUGCGUGGAAGGGGCUUAUAGGAUGCUAGUUUACGAAUAUGUGGAUAAUGGAAAUUUGGACCAGUGGCUUCAUGGAGAUGUCGGGGAAGUCAGCCCGUUGACAUGGGAUAUCCGGGUGAAUAUAAUUUUAGGAACUGCAAGAGGCUUGGCUUAUUUACACGAAGGUCUUGAACCGAAGGUUGUUCACCGUGAUAUCAAGUCCAGCAACAUAUUGCUCGACCGUCAAUGGUAUCCAAAGCUGUCAGAUUUUGGGCUUGCUAAGCUCUUGAAUUCGGAGAGCUCAUACGUGACAACUCGAGUAAUGGGAACAUUUGGAUACGUUGCUCCAGAAUAUGCUUGCACGGGUAUGCUGAACGAGAAGAGUGAUAUUUAUAGCUUCGGGAUACUAAUUAUGGAGGUUAUUACCGGAAGAACUCCUGUUGAUUAUAACCGACCACAGGGAGAGGUUAAUCUGGUCGAGUGGCUGAAAAUGAUGGUUGGAAACAGAAAGUCGGAGGAGGUAGUGGAUCCGAAAUUGGCUGAAAUGCCUGCUUCGAAAGCGCUCAAACGUCUAAUCUUGAUAGCCCUUAAAUGCGUUGAUCCCGAUGCCCAGAAGAGGCCAAAAAUGGGCCAUGUAAUACACAUGCUCGAAUCCGAGGACUUGUUGUCUAAUGAGGAGAAACGAAUUGCUCGUGAUUCUACGAGCUCCCACCGCGGAGAAAGUCAUCGAGGCUCGGAGGUGACUAACAAACAAAGCAACGAAGGUACACCUGAUGUUAGUGAAGGAGAUAGCAGCAGUAUGAACAACCAUCACGCAUCAACUAGAUGGAGAUAGUGCACAGAUUUGUGGCUUUUCAAUGUACCAAAAUAUUAUUUAUCACCAUUUUUUCUAUAGUUAGUGCCUAAAGCAUUGUUGAUUAGCAAAUGCGAAAUGAAUGAUUUUUGUAAUUUUGUAAUGAAUCCAAUUUUAUGAAAUUAUACUUCUCUAUUCACUCCCUA